AUGAUUCUAAAAUUGCUAAUCGUAGUAAUUUACUCCGUGAUAUCAGUAAAUACCCGCGAAAUCACUAUGUCAAGUAGAGAACCUAACGAACGCGAACCUAUGUUAUACGGAUGGGAGCUACAAAUUCAACUAGGAGAUGAACUAAUUGUCUGCCCAGGUGUAUACGUCGCACCCCAAAUAUUCGUCACUGACUCUCUCUGUGUAAAGAAUUCUGAUUAUAAUAAAAAAAAUAAAGAAAUGUACGUUGUGAAAACAUCUAUCAACAGUCAAAAUAAUAUUGAAAUUCUCAAAGUCAAGGCCAACGAUAUAAAUUUCGCCGAAGACCAAAAAGAAGUUAAAGUAGCGAUAGUACACACUGAUCCGAUCGAUUCUAAAUAUAAGCAAAAAUAUGUAAUGCUGUAUUCAUCUAUGGAGGAAAUCGAUACAACUAACUGUUAUAUACCCUUUUAUGAUAAUGAUAGCGGAAAUAUUACGAUCUCUAUAUGUGAAAUACUCUUUUUCGACGAUAGACACGGAAGCGACAGCAAUAUUUAUUGUUUUGAUCGGGACUUUUUAGGGCAUGAGGGAGGUAAUUUAUUCUGUUACGGAAAACCAGAGUCAAAUGAAAAAUAUUUGAUUGGAGUGGUAUCAACACCUAUAAAUAGAAUUGACCGCUGUUCUAACUCAGAUUUCAUGAUGACAACCAUUUCAAACCUCGUCAGAUUCAAAAAAAUUUUCCUCAAGAAUAACAAUUCAUCAAUUCAUUAA